UGCCAUUCAGUACAUUUUGUUAGUCAAAUUGCAUUUUCCCAUCCAGAAAUAUGAGAAUGCCCAGCCUGAUGGGUGAUUUCAUUUCUACACUAAUUUGUCACCGGAUUGGUCCGUAAUCACAGGAAAGAAAGAGAGCUCGAUCAAAAUCUUGGUUCUCUGCACAACCCAAAUCCUUUAUCUUUCUGGGUUCAGCUUAUUUUCAAGCAAUCCAUCUGUUUGCACUUUUCAAGUACACCAUUUUUAGUGUUAUGCAAUUACAGUUUGUUCCUCUGGUCCUAGAUACCUCAUGCAGAAUUUAAGAAUGGCUGCCUUAACCAGAAUUGGUCUUGCUGGCCUUGCUGUCAUGGGGCAAAAUCUAGCCCUCAACAUUGCUGAGAAUGGAUUCCCAAUUUCUGUGUUUAAUCGGACUACCUCUAAAGUUGACGAAACAGUAGAACGAGCCAAACAAGAAGGAAACCUUCCCUUAUAUGGUUUCCAUGACCCUGAAUCCUUUGUUCGUUCAAUCCAAAAACCUCGUGUCAUAAUCAUGCUUGUAAAGGCUGGGGCUCCAGUUGAUCAAACCAUCAAAACCCUCUCAGUUUACAUGGAGAAAGGAGACUGUAUCAUUGACGGUGGUAAUGAGUGGUACGAGAACACUGAGAGGAGGGAGAAAUCCAUGGCUGAACGGGGUUUACUUUAUCUUGGAAUGGGAGUUUCGGGUGGAGAAGAGGGUGCUCGCCAUGGGCCGUCUCUGAUGCCUGGAGGUUCCUUUGAGGCCUACAGGCACGUUGAAGAUAUCCUUAUUAAGGUGGCUGCCCAGGUUCCUGAUAGUGGACCGUGUGUUACUUACAUUGGUAAAGGAGGAUCAGGGAACUUUGUCAAGAUGGUUCACAAUGGGAUUGAAUAUGGUGAUAUGCAGCUAAUUGCAGAGGCCUAUGAUGUUCUUAAAUCAGUUGGAAAGCUUUCGAAUGAGGAAUUAAGCCAUGUUUUCUCAGAAUGGAACAAGGGAGAGCUUUUGAGCUUCUUGAUUGAGAUUACUGCAGAUAUAUUUAAAAUCAAGGAUGACAAGGGAGAAGGUUAUCUAGUGGACAAGGUUUUGGAUAAAACUGGCAUGAAGGGUACUGGUAAAUGGACAGUUCAGCAAGCUGCUGAGUUGUCAAUUGCAACCCCCACCAUAGCAUCUUCCUUGGAUGCCAGGUUCCUCAGUGGUCUGAAGGAGGAAAGGGUUAAAGCAAGCAAAUUUUUCAAGUCAAGUGGCAUUGGCAAAGGUCUUACAGAUCAAGCAGUGGAUAAGGCAAAAUUAAUUGAUGAUGUGAGGCAAGCACUUUAUUCAUCCAAAAUAUGUAGCUAUGCCCAGGGAAUGAACUUGAUACGUGCAAAAAGCAUUGAAAAAGAUUGGGACUUGAAGCUGGGGGAGCUUGCUAGGAUUUGGAAGGGCGGUUGCAUCAUCCGUGCCAUGUUUUUGGACCGUAUCAAGAAAGCCUAUGACAGAAACUCAGAUCUUGCCAACCUGCUUGUGGAUCCAGAGUUUGCGAAGGAGAUCGUCGAGCGACAGUCUGCUUGGCGAAGAGUUGUCUGCCUUGCUAUCAAUGCAGGUAUUAGUACUCCGGGUAUGUCCUCUAGUCUUGCUUAUUUUGACACAUUCAGGAGGGAGAGGCUGCCUGCUAAUUUGGUCCAAGCUCAGAGAGAUUACUUUGGAGCUCACACAUAUGAGAGGAUUGACGUACGAGGAUCCUUCCAUACUGAAUGGUUCAGGAUUUCUAGACGGUCAAAGAUCUGACUGCCUGUGGUGGUCUACUGAUGGAAUCAUUGGAAUGUCGUCAGUAAUGGAACAACGUCUAUUGAGACACUGGUAAAUUGGGAUAUCAUCCUGUCAUCUGUUCAAGAUAGGUUUUAUCAAAUCCUUUCAAUAUUCUGGAGACGGUUCUUGUUCUGUUUGUUCUGAAGAUCAUUCUUGAGCAAUUAUAUUUUGUAAUAUUAAUUAUGCAAUCCUACGUUAAAGGAUUAUUUUAACAUUGUUUCAUGUUUUGUAUGUUAAAAGGAUUAUUUACUGGAA